AAAAAAAAAAAAAAAAAAGAAACUCAGCGCCGUCGUAAACCCAAACGCGAAGCGCCAGGAACACAAACGGUAACUUAAAUCACAGUGGAUACAGCCCCGGCAGAGCAUGCAGCUCACUUACUGUGUCUGUGUCUCCCUACCUCCAGCACAUGCUCAUCACUGCAAGGGAGCCAGCAGAGCAGCACACAACACCAGACGCAAGGGAUGAGAAAAAGACGAUAGAAAACGGCGGUGGACGAACUGCCUCCUCCAGCCGUUUUAAUUCCGCCCGCCUCCGCGAUACAUGACAAACGCAUCGCAGCCGUUGCAUGAUGCGGCCGUUUGGACGUACAGUACGAGUCCUGGGGGCGCACAAGCUUUUCGUGCUGCGUUUCACUAACAAACUUAACUGGUGCUUCUCUCACUGUGGCGUCAAACUCGGUCUGCAAUCAUGGAGCACCGAGAUGAUAUCGUGGAAAAGCUGAGAGAGAAAUAGACAUGUACAGGUGAUAUCAGUGAGAAAAGAAAUGUCACGCUCGUGGCUGAACGGAUGCUGAGCGUUGCGAUGCAAGGGCGUUUGGAUCAUCGUCACGGCGCCGACGAUGAAUCAAAAGCUGGUCACACGGGAUGAUCCUUGCUAUAGUCGUCAAUGUCUCAAAUCGCCCUUACGCAAAGAAGCAAAAAAGCACUCCAGGACCAAUGCAUCACAAACGCGUAGCAGGUAGCUUAACAGAUCAGAGAGACAUCGACCUACGUCGAUCUGCAAUUUCAUCUCGCGAACCGGCCUGUUCACGACCCAAGUACCUAUCCCUUAGUUUCUGCCUGUCAGUCUGAGCGAAGUGGACAUCCUCUUUUGUCUCUCGUGAAUUUUAUCCCGAAUUGCGGGUUGGAUCUCGGCAGGGGAGGGGGCAGCCCUACCCCCAGACGGGCCAAGAUCACCAGAGGUCGGGAGCUUAGACGGCACUAACCUGGCUUUCCCGAGCAAGCCCAAGCCCAAGCUCGACUGGCUGGGUGUGCGCAAGGGAGAAGUGACGGGCCAUUAUCUGGGGGGCGUGUUUCUUUGCUCUCGAUCUUCUUCCCAUUUUCACACACUCGCUUGCUCCCUCGCUUUUUCACUGCAAGAGAUUUCGUUAAUCCUUGUUUAGCGUCUGGACGCUUGGGGACUCACACUCGAUAAACAUAUCACUAUAUAUCGUCGUCAUCUCCGCUUUGUGCUCUCUUGCUCUCUCGAACCGUUUUUGUGUUGCGUAGACCCGACACAUUCCUUUCCAAACCACGUUCCUUACAAUAAAAAGAUAUUUCCCUAUACCUUCACUCAAUACCUCGACAACAUCGACAUUACACUUUUUCCUUAACUCGCUGCUACAAUGGCCGAAACCGAAAAACCCGAGGCCAGAUUCGAUGGCCUCGGCAUCUUCUGGAUCGUCUGGACCUUCAUCUGGACAUUCAUCGUCGCGGGCGGCAUGGUCUUCCUCUGGAGACGCCGCGACAUGCCCAUGCUUCGAAUCCGCGACCUCCCGCUUUCCUUCGCCGCUAUUAUCCUUCUUCACAUCUACUGGGGAGCCAUCCAGACCGGAUACGUGUACUUCCCGCUGUUCACGCCCGAGGGCGAGUUCUGGAUCAUGAGCUUGUAUUUCCCCUUUGGCAUCGCCUUGUUCCACGCCUCCAACAGCCGUUUCCUGCAUGUCGCGAAGCAGCAGAAGGAACUGUUUGCUUCGGAUGAGAAGGCGCCGUCCAAGAGUCGUGUUAGACCUGGGUCGUUGCUUGGUCGCUUUAAGGCGCUUGAUUACUCCAAGAAGAUUCUCGUUACGGUUGGACUGGGAAUGGUGGUCCAGUUCAUCCUCACCAUCAUCAUGUGGUGCUUAUCUAAGAAGUUCCAUCCCUCCUGGGGUGUUGCCGGCACGGAAGUCCAUCCUGGCUCCGAGGAGUACCGAAAGUCUCAGGUCGGAAAGGGCUGGGAAUGGUGGCCCUCUGUAUUCUGGCAGUUCCUUUGGGCAUGGAUCGUCGCCCCUUACAUCCUCUGGCAGGCCCGUGGUGUCAACGACACGCAGGGAUGGAGAGUCCAAACCGUCGCAUGCUGCAUUGCUAACCUCCAUGCCACUCCUAUGUGGCUCAUCGCCUUGUAUGUUCCUGCCAUGGCGCCCGUCAAUUACUACUGGAUUCCUCCUCAAUGGCUCGCAAUCUCCAUCAUGGCCAUUGAGAUCUUUACCAUCUUCUGGCCCUGCUGGGAAGUCAUCCAGCACCAGAACCUCCGCCAAGAGACCCUCGACUCCAUCGCUCAAUGGCAGCUCAACAAAAACGCGGCGACGAAUGGUGCUCGAUCUGUCGCUACUGGUUCUACUACUGUUGCCCCCUCCGCUCUGACGUCCUGGUCCAAGGACGGUUCUGUCAAGAGCAGCGCCUCUGGUGAGAGUAUCCUCACCAUGGAAGCUCUUGAGUAUGUUCUCGAGCGUAACCCCGAACCUCUUCAGCAGUUCUCAGCCCUUCGUGACUUCUCUGGUGAAAACAUUGCUUUUCUACGAGCUGUCGCUGAGUGGAAGUCUUCAUUGCCACCUGCUGUGCGCGACCCCGAGAAGAUCAAGGAACCGGCGGUGCAAGAACUCGUCCGCGAGAGAUUUAACAGCGCUCUUCGCAUUUACACCGGCUUCGUCAGCUCCCGCGACGCAGAAUUCCAGAUCAACCUCUCAUCGCAACAACAAAAAAUUCUAGAGGGUGUCUUUGAGAGUUCCGCGCGCAUCCUCUACGGCGACAAGAAGCAGGUUGACCCAGCGUUGCCAUUCGAGACAUUCCAGAUGGUAACAACGCCCACCAAAGUCAAGUCCUCAGCUGCAUCAUCACACGGUUCCGAGACAGGUAUCAUGGCAGCUGACUCUGUCGCUGACACUGGAUACAUGAGCGACAAGGCUAUGUACUGGGGUGAUAUCCCCGAGGGCUUUGAUGCGACUAUUUUCGACGACUCGGAGAAGCACAUCAAGUAUCUUGUGCUUACCAACACUUGGCCCAAGUUUGUCAAGGACCGACGAUGCUCAAUUGACUCCAAUGAUACCCUCGAGGCAGGAAACGGAAUCCCCAUGGCUAAAUGAUUUACCUGGGUGAUCUAACCUGAAUUUACGGAUUUAUUUACGGGAUGGGAGUUUGGUGGUGAUUUACAAGUGAUUCCCUCUUUUAUCUUCACUUUUUUACCGGGAAGGCUUCUUGGAUACCUACUCUAUGUAUUUAUUAAUGAAAAAACACGCGACUGCAUCGCCAGUCAUUCUUCUCCUUGCUCACCUUCUUCUCUGACUCAGUGAAUUAAAGUAAACGUGUUCAUCUGCCGUAGCUUCAAUCCAAG